AUGUGUAGCAAAACCAGCCCGGUCGGAGAAGAAAAACAGAGUACGAGAACAUCGAAGAGGAUCAGGAAGAGGAAACACAGAGAAUCAACCUCCAUGGAAAAGUCUUCUUCGAGUCCUGAAGCGUCUCGUAAGAUCAGAACGAAGACGAAAAAACCCAAAUUUCUCAGUCUCAAGCUCGAGCUCAACACUUCUCACGAGAUCAGCGAGAGUCCCGGGACGACGAAGAGCAAGAAGAAGAACACAAAAAAGCCGUCGAAACAGAGCAAGACGAAAGGAGCUGCUGAUACGGCACCGUUUAAGGAGAAGAAGAGACCAGAGACCCUGGGAGGAGAGAAAGAAGAAGAGCAAUACGACACCGUUGCAGCUUACCUCUUCAAUUCCGCUACCGACAGCACGAUUUCUUCGAUCCACGAUCUCCUCCCUUCCUCCGCCGCCGAUGUCGAUUGCAGUGAGGGAAGGAAUCUGUCUCCGUACGAUCGUCAGGAGCACGGAUCGUCUUCUUCUUCGCUUCUACGGACGGCGAUGAGGAAAGGAGCCAGCGAGGAGGAGGAAACGACGGAGGAGCGAUGGGUGAGUUAUUCGGAAGUGGUGGAGGAGGUGAUGAGUCGGAGCGGGACUCCACGGUGUUACGGCGGCGAUGGAAACGAGGGACGGGCUUCGUUGAGUUUGAAGCUUGAUUACGAGCAGAUCAUGGAGGCUUGGUCCGACAAACGUACGCUUUAUGUCGACGGAGAACCGCCGCAGACGGUGCCGGACUUGCAUGCUUCCGCUGAUGGAGUUACCGACGCCGGAGAGGCCGGGAGUUUAUGGGCAGUGCCGGAGAUGGAUGUGAGGGAGAGGUUAUGGAGAGGGCAUAGAGAGGCCAGCUUGCUCCGGUAUAAAGAGAAACGGCAAAACCGGCUUUUCUCUAAGCGGAUUCGAUACCAAGUUCGUAAACUCAACGCUGAGAAACGUCCUCGUAUCAAAGGCCGGUUUGUGAAGAGAGACAAUUCAGUAGACCACUAG